ACACAAACGGAACGCUACAGCUGUACGAGCGAAAGACAGUACAGCUCCAGUCAGCUUCCCUUACACGUGCUUCUGCAAUAACAGGAAAGGAUACAAAAUAUAUGUUAACGCUGCAUGAUUUAGCGCGUAAACGGGAAUAGAUCGUCAGUGUAAGAAGGACCCAGGUGCCUAUGUGACCUGUGUUGUGUGGUCACCAUGAAGUAUAUAUUGGUUACUGGUGGUGUGAUAUCUGGCAUUGGUAAAGGCAUCAUUGCCAGUAGUGUGGGGACCCUCCUCAAAUCAUGUGGACUUCAUGUUACAUCCAUCAAGAUCGACCCAUACAUCAACAUAGACGCUGGCACAUUCUCUCCCUAUGAACAUGGUGAAGUUUUUGUCCUGGAUGAUGGUGGCGAAGUAGAUUUGGAUUUGGGGAAUUAUGAACGUUUCUUGGAUAUCCGCCUCACCAAAGACAACAAUCUUACAACGGGAAAAAUCUACCAGUCUGUCAUCAAUAAAGAAAGAAUGGGGGACUAUCUGGGAAAGACGGUACAAGUGGUGCCCCACAUUACAGAUGCCAUCCAAGAAUGGGUCAUGAAACAGGCCAAGGUUUCUGUGGACGAUGAUGGUGUGGAGCCUCAAGUCUGUGUUGUAGAGCUGGGAGGAACAGUGGGGGACAUUGAGAGCAUGCCUUUUAUAGAAGCUUUUAGACAGUUUCAGUUCAAGGUCAAGAGGGAGAACUUCUGCAACAUCCAUGUCAGCCUGGUCCCACAGCCUAAUACCACAGGAGAGCAGAAAACCAAACCAACCCAAAACAGUGUACGGGAACUUCGAGGCCUGGGCUUAUCCCCUGAUUUGAUUAUGUGCAGAUGUACCACACCUAUUGAAACUGCUGUCAAAGAAAAGAUUUCUAUGUUUUGUCAUGUGGAACCUACACAGGUGAUAUGUGUUCAGGAUGUAUCCUCUGUGUACCGUGUGCCUCUGCUGCUCGAAGAACAGGGCGUGGUAAGUUACUUCUGUGAGCGGCUCAACCUGCCCGUCGCAAUGAGGCCACGAAAAAUUCUCUCCAAAUGGAAGGAGAUGGCUGACAGGUCCGACCGCCUCCUAGAGCGUGUUUCCAUAGCGCUGGUGGGAAAGUACACAAAGCUGUCUGACUCCUACACCUCAGUCAUCAAGGCCUUAGAACAUUCUGCACUGGCCAUUAAUCAUAAACUGGAGGUCAAGUACAUAGACUCUGCAGACCUAGAGCCGGCUGCUCAGCAGGAGGACCCAGUGAAGUAUCAUGAAGCAUGGCAGCACCUCUGUAGUGCUCAUGGUGUGUUGGUACCUGGAGGGUUUGGCGUUAGAGGGACAGAAGGCAAGAUGCUGGCCAUCAACUGGGCCAGAAAGCAGAACAAGCCAUUUUUGGGGGUCUGUCUGGGCAUGCAGCUAGCCGUGUGCGAAUUCGCCCGCAACAUUUUGGGAUGGGAAGAUGCCAACUCCACAGAAUUUAAUCCCGAAACCAAACACCCAGUGGUGAUUGACAUGCCCGAGCACAACUCUGGGCAGAUGGGAGGGACCAUGAGGUUAGGGAAGAGGCGUACCAUUUUUACCUCUGCUAACAGUGUUAUGAGGAAACUUUACGGGGAUGUGGAGUACGUCGAUGAAAGACACCGGCACAGAUUUGAAGUGAACCGUGAACUGAAGCACCACUUUGAGAAAAAGGGCUUCCAGUUUGUUGGGCAGGAUGUGAACGGGGAAAGGAUGGAGGUCAUUGAGUUAGAUGACCACUGUUACUUUGUGGGAGUGCAGUACCAUCCAGAGUUCACAUCCAGACCCAUCAAACCCUCUCCUCCGUAUUUCGGCCUCCUCCUGGCAGCUGCAGGGAAACUACCGGGUUACCUGGCCAAGGGCUGUCGUCUCUCUCCAAGAGACACUUACAGCGACCGCAGUGGCAGCAGCUCUCCUGACGAAGACUUGUCUGAGCUCAAGUUUCCCUCUUUGUCAUGAGGUCAUCUACUGCAUGAUCCAGUAGCAUGUACGAAAUGAACAAUGCAAAAAACUUUAGCUUUUCACUCUGAUGAGCAGAAUGUACCACUCCUUAACUUAUUUUUUUAAUCUUUUGAGACAAACAGAAAAAAAAAAAGUUGGUGUUUUAAUUUUGUCAUUUAAACUACUGCAAUAAGAGUAAGGGUACUGCAAAAUAUCUUAUGUUUUUAUGAAGGUUUGUAUGCUUUGUGGUGAAUGUAGCGAUUACAAAUGAAUUACUACUUAUCUAUUGGAACCUUUUCUGUCCUCAGUUGUUUGACUUGUCAUGUAUCCAACCAGGGAUAUUUAUGUUGUUCCUCUGAGCCUUUGCUUUUGAAGCCAUUUCCUGCUUUUAUCUACACAUUUUGUUUACAUACGGCUGGUAUAUCUGUCAAGAAACAUAGUGCAUUAAGUCACAACUCGUUUGAAUCCAAAGCAAGUCUUGUAUUUAAAGGUUAAAAGAUCAUAUAAUAAAAACUGUGAGGCACCUUACAGUUUUAUGUGGAGGUGUCAGAUCAUGUGACAAGAUGUAAAAAAUGGACCUCAAGUGCUUAUUUUUGUGCUAUAUUUAAAUUGUAUUUUCUUGGAUGCAUGCAAAAUAUAUAAUAAAAUAUUUUUGUUUUACU